AUGAGUCCCUGCAUGAUCAAGUACUGUACUUUCAGUCUGCAAAGCCUGGUGGUUCUCGCUGUGUUUUCUCUUGCGUUCUCUCAUUCCGCGGAUAACCACUGUGGGUCACCCAUCGUCUCGACGUGUAAAGAAUGUCUGCGGCGUGGACCAGAAUGUGCCUGGUGCUUUAAUAAGAGGUUUCUGGAUGGAGCUCACAUAAGCCAGAGGUGUGAUACUGCUGCUCGACAUAUUUUAAAAGGCUGUGGUGAAAAGUUCAUUGAAAACCCUGGAAUUAAGGUGGAGGUAAACGCCACACAAAGUAGCUCACAGGUGGCACCCAAAGAGAUCUCCAUCCAGCUGCGUCCAGGCAGUGAGGUGAGCUUCAUUGUGGAAGUGCAGCAGUUGGAGCUGUAUCCAGUAGACCUGUACUACCUGGUGGAUGUCUCUGCCUCCAUGCAGGACAACCUGGACCGGCUAAAGAAUAUUGGAGUGAGUCUAUCUCACCGCAUGAGGGAAUAUUCCAGCGAUUUCCGAGUGGGGUUUGGAUCAUUUGUGGAUAAACCAGUUUCACCAUACAUUGAUGUGCACCCUUCGAAAAUUGUAAAUCCUUGCAGUGAUUAUGAGGUUAAUUGCCGGCCAGCCCAUGGCUUCACCCAUGUCUUGCCAGUAACGGAGAACAUGACCGAGUUCAAACGUGUAAUUCAGCAGCAGAGGAUCUCUGGGAACAUGGAUACUCCAGAAGGAGGCUUUGAUGCCAUGCUGCAGGCUGCUGUGUGUCAGAAGGACAUCGGCUGGCGCCCAGAGGCUAAGCACCUGCUGCUGAUUAUGACCGACCAGCCAUCCCAUCUAGCACUAGACAGCAAGCUGGCAGGCAUUGUAGUGCCUCAUGAUGGCCGCUGCCACCUAGAAGACGGCACCUAUUCCCAGUCUGCCAAUAUGGAGCACCCAACCAUUGCACAGCUGGCAGAAAAGCUUCUAGAAAACAAUAUUUAUUCAAUUUUUGCUGUGGAUUAUAUGCAAUAUAAGUGGUAUGAGGAACUGAUUAAUUUUAUUCCAGGUAGUUACCUGGGACAGUUACUUCCUAAAGCCCCUAAUCUUGUAAACCUUGUAGUGGAUGCAUACAGGAAAUUCUUGUCAGAUGUGGAGGUGGAGGUGGGAGUUAAGGACAGAGAAGCAUCCAGAUUCUGGUUUAAUGUAUCAGCUAUCUGCCCAAAUGGAUCCACUGCAGCAGGAAAUGCCAGAUGUGCAAAUGUUCAACCUGGGCAAAAAGUCUUUUUUAACAUCACAGUUGGAAUGCGAACAUGUCCAGUUGAGGAACUGCAGAAGGAGAGCGAGCCAGAAAUUCUGAUGAUGGUGAAGCCUGUGGGAUUUAAUGAAUCUGUGACUGUGCGAAUACAGCAAGCCUGUGGGUGUCAUUGUGGAGAGACGGGAAGUUGCCAUGAUGAUCCAGAACCUUACUGUGUACCAAGAGCCUAUCUGAUGUCUGAUAAGACAUUUAUUGACAGUUGUCAUGAUGAAAGGAGUGGACUGGUCUGCAGUGGGAGAGGAACCUGUAUGUGUGGAGCAUGUGUGUGUGACCACAGCAACCUCGGUUCUGUCUACGGAAAAUUCUGUGAAAAGGAUGACUUCUCUUGUCCCUACGAUGGGGGUCUAGUGUGUGGAGGUCACGGUCAGUGUGUCUCAGGAAAAUGCACAUGCCAGGCUGGCUGGACAGGUGAGAGUUGUGGCUGCCCAGUCUCUCCAGAAAGCUGCAUGUCGGCUGAUGGCUUAGUGUGCAGUGGGAAUGGCCAGUGUGUAUGUGGCAAGUGUGUGUGUGAUGACCAGCUGCAUUCUGGAAAGUUCUGUGAGAAAUGCCCCACCUGCUCUAACUCCUGUCAAUCACAUUGGAGUUGUGUGGACUGCCACCUGUCUAAAGGCCUUGUACUGGAGAGUACACAGCAAUGCAACAGAAGCUGCACAUCACUGGUGGUUUAUGUUGAUGAAAUCACUGUACUGAUUAAAGGAAAGUACUGUUUGUAUCAUCGCAGGGAUCAGUGUAUCUUCAGGUUCCAUGUGGAUCUGGACACACUACAAAUUAGCAGACGUGCAGAAUGUAUGUCGAUUCUUCGACACUUUAAGACAUUUCUCAGCAUCUUCCUCCUCACUGUGGUGCUCGGUCUGGGUAUUCUAGCUGUGGUCCGUUUGCUUCUUCGGGGCAAGAACCGCUCAUGGAAGGAAAUGUCAAAUAAGACUGACAGUGACAGUAAGGUUAUGUCAUACGCACCCACCGCCAGUGAGAAGACGAUAACUUACAGACGGGACCGUCUUCCUGAGCACCCCAUGGAGAUGCAUGUUCACAUUCCCAAGAUGCCCCUCCAUGACAUCUUUCCAUGA